UGUUAUGAAUUAAAUAUAAUGACAUGGAAAACAAUUGACCUACCAAAGCUAAUUACAAUUAAUUACACUCGAUCACAAUUAAUUACACUCAAUCACUUGCGUAUCUACUCCAAUAUUUUCGUUGAGCUUCCACGGGGAAUCGAUUUGGGACUCCAUCUGCAAGUACUGUUCUGCUAGUGAAGGAUAUGGGUUCUUCAAACCCUAGCGAGCCCAACUCCUCACUGUUGCCGCCUCCAUCUUUCUCCGCUUGAAUGUUUUUUUUUUUUUCUCUGGCUUAAAUUGAUGAGAUGCUUCAACAUUCUUCUGUCUCACUCAAUGUAGGCCUUUUGGAACCCCUUUUUACUGUGGCAAUCCUCGAUAGUCUGAUCGAUUUCAACCUGAGUGUCCAUCACAAAAGGUCCAUACUUAACCAUUGAUUCACCUGCGAUUACUUUCACUUCAACUCCAUCUUUCUGGUAAUGGUUCUUCUUCACUUGCUAAAGUUGGGUGGCCUUCUUGUUUCCAUUGGAUUUGGUGCUUCUAGAUUGGAACACGUGCUAUCUUUGAGUGACCAAGUGUGAUCUUCUGCAAACAAUUUGGUUUGAUUUUUGAAAAUCUAAGUAAGGAAAAAGGACAUGAUGAUGACGGUGCGAGGAAAGUGUGGUGAAGGGUACGAGGAAACCACCUUCCAUUGUGUUCAUCAUUUGACCCUUUGACUUAUCAUCUUAUUGUAUUCCUUGCACAUCAAGCUUAAAAAAUGAAAUACAAUUUACUUCCUGUAAAUUUCGUUUCUUCUUCCUGGUUGGUUCAUCCAGUCUUCUUUCCCCUUUCUUAAUCUCUGCAAAUUCUCAACCACUUACAAAUUAUAAAUACAUUGAUGGGUUGAGCUCUGCUCUACACCUUGACCUAAGAAGCACUAUCUUCUGAAAUUUGUGAAGUCAACUGUAACUCUUAGUACAGAGUCUCUCAUAUUAAGGUUACCGCACAUUCUAAAGAGCGAUGAUCGGUGCUGCCAUUGCAGGUUUUAUCUUUGCUAGGAAUAGGAGGCUGGUUGAGAUCUUUCCUAAAGGUUGGAGAGAACUUUGGAAUGAGUGGGAGAUCCGCGGAUUAGUUCUGAUCAGCCUCUCUUUUCAGAUUGUGCUCAUGGUGCUGGGCAAUAGAAGAAAAUAUGUGACUGGAAAUUGGAUUUCAAUCAUCCUUUGGCUUGCCUACUCGUCAGCAAAUACAAUGGUAACUGCAUCACUUGGCAUUAUCUCUAAUGAAGGAGACAAAAAUGAUGAUCCAUCAAAUCGAAAAGAUAUGAUAUUGGCAUUUUGGGCGUCAUUCCUGAUAUUGCAUCUUGGUGGGACUCACACUAUUACUGCAUACUCAUUGGAAGAUAAUGAGUUAUGGCUGAGGAAUGCUUUCACGCCUUUACUCCAGUUAUUACUAGCAAUCUACAUCAUUCUCAAGUCCUGGAUGAACACGCCACUUAAUUUCCUAGCUAUUCCACUGUUCAUAGUUGGUAUAGUGAAAAAUGGAGAGAGGUUAUGGGUUCAGAGGUCAGCGAGUAUUGAACGAUUUCAAGCAUCCAUGCUUCCUCAUCCUGACCCUGGACCUAGCUAUACUAAAUUCAUGGAUGAGUACUUAUCAAAAACUGCUGAGGGAUACAAUGUAUCAAUAGAGGCAGUAGUUGAAGAUUCUUCCAAAGUGUUGCGUUACUCUCCGAGAGCUGUGCCAAAUGACAUUGUUCCAGAUGGGGCUAUAUUACGUGAUGGUAUUUACUUCUUCAAUAUAUUCAAGAAGUUAUUUGCUAAUCAAAUCCUUAGCUUCCAAGAUGUCAAGAUUAGUCAAUCAUUCUUUCAUGACAAUGAUAUGAAUUCGGAGAAAGCCUUUAAAAUGAUUGAGGUUGAGCUCGGAUUGAUGUACGAUAUACUCUACACAAAGACUGCAUUGAGUUAUACAUGGCUGGCUAACUUCCUUCGCUUGGUCAGUCUAUCCUUUAUCAUUUUUGCAUUUGUUGCAUUUAUGUUAAUUGACAAGCAUGCUUACGUAGUGGUUGACUUGAACAUUACUUAUUUCUUGCUGGUUGGAGCAAUAGCCUUGGAAAUAUAUGAGAUACUUGUUAUACUUCCCUCUGAUCAGAUGAUGCUUUGGUUGAGUAACCACAAUAACUCACUUGUAGAUUUUGCUUACAAGGCCAUCUCUCAUCUCCAAUAUUGCCUACAGUGGUCUUCUUUGAUUGCUUGCAAAAAGCGCUGGUCUAAUACCAUGGGAAGCUAUAACUUAAUAAGUUUUUGCAUCAAAGAUAAGCCUACAAAGUGCGUUGAAAUUCAGAAGUUCUUAUUUAUUCACGAACUGCUAGAGAAGCAUCGCUACCAAUAUUUUGGUGUUGUCUCUGAAGAUUUGAAAAGCUUGAUUUUUGAGCAGGUUAUGAAGAAAUCAAGCGAUGCCUUGAAUAUUAGGGUUUCUAAGCAAUUAUGUGCUCAAAGAGGUGAUCAAAUACUUAAAGAUAUGGGUUGUUUUGAAGAUAUUGGUUGGAGUGUAGAGGUGGAAUUUGAUCAAAGCAUUCUUUUGUGGCACAUUGCAACAGAUCUGUGUUAUUCUAAUGAUCUAAACAAGGAUGCAAAUAUGGUUGAAAAUCGGAACUGUAAAAGUAGCAAAUCUAUAGCAGAUUAUAUGUUGUAUCUUCUGGUCAUGCGUCCUUUCAUGUUGCCUAAUGGGAUUGGGCUAAUCAGAUUCCAGGACACAUGCGCAGAGGCCAAGGAAUUUUUUCAAGAAAGAAGACACAUAUUGAAGGAGAGAGGUCGUGCCUGCGAUGCAUUACUCCAAGUAAACACGGAUGUUGCCCCAUCUGAAGUGAAAGGUGACAAAUGCAAGUCAGUUUUAUUUGAUGCAUGUAGGCUUGCCCAGUAUAUAAUAAAGCUGCAGUGGCCAAAUGAAAGGAAAUGGGAAAUGGUUAGUUAUGUGUGGGUGGAGAUGCUAUCUCAUGCUGCCAGUCAGUGCCAAUGGCUCAACCAUGCAAAGCUACUCACACAAGGAGGAGAGCUGCUUACCCAUGUCUGGCUACUGAUGGCUCAUCUGAGCAUAACUGAACAAUUCCAGAUUUCUCAAGGCCAUGCAAGGGUUAAAGUAGUGGUUGAACAGUGAACACUACUGAUGAAUCACACACUUGAAUAUUAUUUUGAUCUACUGAUGGCUCAUAUCAUUGCUGCACUUUCUCUUCCUGGAAGUAUCAUAAUCAUUGUUACUUUUGAUGCUUUGAACCACUGUCAUAUGCCUAAGCAGCAGAGUUCUGUGCGAGCUUCGAACGCAUUUUUUGUAAGCUGACAGAAACAUAUCCAUUUGCAUCUUAAUUUACAAUGUUGAAUUUAAGAACAGUUGGUGCUGCUUUGGAUGCAUUUUGAAUACAACUCUAGGUAUAUGAACUCCGAGAAGCUUAAUCCAGCAUCCUGAUAUAUGGCAUGGAUUUGUUUACAUAUAUUUGCAGUCAAUUGUUUGGACUGUAUUUUAUCAUUAAUAAUGUGAAUGAAAAACUACAUAUUGUUCAAA